AUGGGUGUUUUUGGGACUCCUUUACUUGUUCUCGUACAGAAGCAGUCACGCGCAAUACCACCAUUUUUAGAAAAAUGCUUCAAGUUCCUUUUGGUUAAGACAAAUCUCACUCAAGACGUUUUUCGCAUCCCAGGUAAUGAGCGUGAAAUAGAACGACUAGUUCAUAUUAUUGAAGCAUCAGGUGAUGUAGCCUUUAAUUCAAACACAUCCCCUCAUACUGUUGCUGCUAUUUUGAUGAAAUUUUUAUCGGAGUUACCAGAACAUGUUCUUGAAGAUAAAAAUGCUUCGAAAUGGAGUACAUCGCUUGCCAACAAAGGAGACAAAGAACCAUACACAUUAAUCAGGCAUCAAGUUAAAAAACUUCCGAAAGCGAAUUUAGUAUUUUUAUCGAGAAUUAUGGCAUUUUUCAAACUUUUCGCUAAGCACGAAGCAAUCACAGGUCUCAGCCUUAAUGAUAUUGCUGAAAUUCUAGCUCCAAACUUGAUUGCUGAUCCGAAUGAUCCAAAUUAUGUUAUAAGUACAGAUAUUGUUGUACAAAUGAUGAAAAAUUAUAAGAAGAUAUUCCAUGAGAUAUACUCAAUUAGCAAAAAGAAGUUCAUUUCUUCUAACGAUUUCGAAAAACAAUUCUUCAAUGAAAUAUAUUCUGAGUUCUUCACACAAACAAUCAAAGUUGUAUCAAAUAACCAAGAAACUUUCACAACAAAGAAAAUGUGCCGAAAUGUAGAAUUAACCCCUCCAAACUGGGAACGAUUGCUUGGAAAUCUGUUAUCCAGAGAAAGAAGAGCACAUGCUCAGACUAAUGCUCCGAAUUUUACUCUUAAAUAA